UAGGCCUAUUAGGCAGGUAGAACACUAUUUCCCCCCUAAAUGUCUCCUUUGUUGUCAUACCAACCAAAGUGGUUGGUUGACCCUAUUAUUGACUCUUGUGUGCUUUUUCUGUCCAGGACACUAUCAGGCAGCUGGAGAAUGAGCUGACCAAUGCUAAACUAGACAGUGUCUGGCUACUUGAGAGAGUACCAGGACCUGCUGAAUGUCAAAAUGGCUUUGAUGUGGAGAUUCUCUCUUAUAGGAAACUCCUGGAGGGUGAGGAGUCCCGUCUGUACACCAUCUCUGACACCCACAUCUCCAUGCCCUGCAUCUACCGCCAGUCCCCCGUCUACACCCUACCUUGCCUGGCCCGACAGGGAGGGCCCACACGCAGGUCUGAGCCCCAGUACAAGUUUGUUGAGGAGAUCAUCACUGAGACCACCAGAGACAUGGAGAUGUCCGAGAUCGAGGAGACAGGCUCCGAGGAGACGGUCGGGGGAGAGGGAGACGAGUUGAGACAGAAGCAGGGAGAAGAGAGUGACAAAGCUGAGAGGAGGAGUGGGGAAGAGGUGGAUGAGCAGAGAAAAAAAGAAAGCUCUUUAAAAGAGAAAAAAGAGGAAGAUCUGAAAGAGGAGAGUGCCCCAACAGAGCAACAUCAAGACAGCCCAAAAGAAAGUCCCAUCAAAGAGAGAAAACAUUUAUAUCUGACAGAGCAGAGUGCCCCAACACUGGAGCAGAAACCUGAUCAGAAGGAGCACAGAGAGUCAGACCAACCUCAAGAGGCAGAGAGUGCUGUGACAACACAAGAAGAGGAUCUCCCUGAMCCCACAGAGAAGGACAUGGAAUCCCCUGAUAUCACUGCAGAGCUGAAGAGCAGURCAACKAAGGAGACAGUGGAGCAGGUGAAGUCACCAGAUGAUUCUAGUYUAGAAAUUACACAAGAUGAGAAAACAGUAGGAGGUAAAAUGCCAGACAGAAUUAUCAYCACAACAAGUGAGUGUAAGGAAGAGCCUGUGCAAAAGACUCUUAAAAAGGAGGUGGGUCCGACAGAGCCAGAAGUGAGCAGCAAGGYUGAUAUUGUAAAAAGUGUUGUGCAGAAUGAACAUAAUGGCAGUGAAAAGGUCACAAAAGAUGUCUCAAUGGGUGAGGAAAAAGGGAAAGAAUCUAAGACAUCCCCUAAACCAGACCCCACUGUGACCCCUAAAGAAGAAACAUACCCUAAACCGGACCCCACUGUGACCGCUAAAGAAGAGACAUCCCCUAAACCAGACUCCACUGUAACCCCUAAAGAAGAAUCCCCUAAACCACGAUCCCCACUGUAA